GAGAAUUAACGAUAUACGAAGUGGGCGUGAAAAUGAUGCGAUUCAGAAUUCUAUCGGCACUUUAAAAGAAUUGAUUAAUAAAGAGAAGAGUGGGGAUUUAGAGACACUUCGCUCAGAUUUGAAUAGGCUUCAAGAUCUAAUUCCGGUCACAGAGGAAGGAAAAACACAUGCCAAUAGGCAAUUAACCUCCGCCGAAAUAGAAGCUUAUAGGCAAAAUAAAAAAGCAGCCGAUGAGAAAGAGUUGGAACUACGCAAAGAAAUUUUCAGAAAAGAAGAGCCAUCUCUAGGAGAGGAAAGGUGA